GUUUGGCCCAUUUCCGUGUGAAUUUUGCUUCCAUCUUUCUUUAUUCCUUCGAGUUUCUAGUGGAUUUGUUUAGUUUUCCAGUCACAAUCAGAUCUGUGCAUAGUGCCAUACUCAAUUUGCUAAAUUAAAGAAAAAAACAUAGUACACACACUAAAAGUCUCUCAGUCUUCAUUUUUGAGGAAAAGUUUUGAACUUUGGGGGUUUUGUUUUCUACUGAAAAGAUUGAAUUUUGUUGAAGUGGGGGGUUGGAGAUUCGUCUUUAUCUCUUCCGUGGCGUUUUGUGAGUCACCUUUUGGUGGGGUGUGUGUGAAUUUCACCUUUCUUUGAUAAAAAGGUGAAUUGGGAUUGGGGGAUGUGGAAGGGUUUUAGAAAGUGAAGUUGGGUAUGAUGGUAGGAAUUGGUGAGAGUCAAAUAUAUCUUUGAUUUGGAGAAGGUUUGGAGGUCUGCAGCUUAGUCUAGCUAGAAGAGGAAGAGCUGUGUGAUUUAGUAAUGGGGUCGAGUGGACAUUCAUAUGAGCAUCAUGAUCUUGUGCCAUUAGCUGCACUUAUCAAUAGGGAGCUGAGGAAUGGGAAAACGGAGAAGCCCGCUGUGAGAUAUGGGUAUGCAGCUCAAUCGAGGAAAGGGGAGGAUUAUUUCUUGAUGAAGACUGAUUGCCAGCGAGUUGCUGGAAAUCCAUCAACAUCAUUCUCUGUUUUCGGAAUCUUUGAUGGCCAUAAUGGGAGUGGAGCUGCAAUAUUCUCGAGAGAUAACUUGUUAAACUAUGUGUUAAAUGCCAUGCCUCGUGGACUUGAACGCGAUGAAUGGUUACAUGCUUUACCUAGGGCUUUGGUUGCUGGCUUUGUGAAAGCGGACAAGGAAUUCCAAGCCAAAGGAAAGACUUCAGGAACUACAGCAACAUUUGUGAUUAUUGAUGGGUGGACAGUUACAGUUGCAUCUGUCGGAGAUUCACGCUGCAUUUUAGAUGCUCAGGGUGCCGGUGUCUCCAUCUUGACCGUUGAUCAUAGACUUGAAGAAAAUGCAGAGGAGAGAGAGCGUGUUACAGCCAGUGGAGGUGAAGUCGGGCGGCUUAGCAUUUUUGGUGGAACUGAGGUCGGCCCUCUUCGCUGUUGGCCAGGGGGUUUAUGUCUUUCUCGAUCAAUUGGUGACAUGGAUGUGGGCGAAUUUAUUGUUCCAAUACCGUAUGUCAAGCAAGUAAAGUUAUCAAGUACAGGUGGAAGGCUAAUAAUUGCCUCUGAUGGUGUCUGGGAUGCAGUGUCAUCAGAAAUGGCUGCACAAUCGUGCCGUGGAUUGCCUGCUGAGCUUGCUGCUCGUCUAGUGGUGAAGGAAGCGUUGAGGACGCGUGGGCUCAAGGAUGACACGAGUUGCAUAGUCGUUGAUAUAAUUCCUCCAGACAACAAGAUCCCGCCUUCUCCUCCUCCCAAGAAAUACAACAAGCUCAAGGCCUUGUUUUUCACGAAAAAUUGGAAAUCCACCAAUAAACCAAAGAAGCUGUCUGCUGUGGGCACCGUGGAGGAGCUAUUCGAAGAAGGAUCUGCAAUGCUCGCUGAAAGACUUGGAAAUGCCGAGCCAACUGCAGAGACUGGUGAUAUUUUUGUGUGCGCUGUUUGCCAAGCUGACCUGGCACCGAAUGAGGGAAUCUCGGUUCAUGCUGGAUCGAUAUUCUCAGUGAGCUCGAAGCCAUGGCAAGGUCCUUUCCUGUGCACCGACUGCCGGAAUAAGAAGGAUGCCAUGGAAGGGAAGAGACCAAGUGGAGUUAGAGUUGUAUAGGUUAGCUUAUCUUGUUCAAUUGCUACCAUUCUUUGAUGAUCCUUCUUGUUCUUGCUUAGCUGAUUAUUUUGGAUGUUAAAAUCGAUAUAUCUUGUCUAGCUAAUUCAUUGUUUAAAGUAGAGGAAAAGCGAGUGCAUUCUUUUGCUAACA